UCUGAGGAGGCGAAGGAUUUGAUGCGAAGGUUGAUUUGUCCUAGAGAGUUAUGGCGUUUGGAGUUUGUUUGGCAUAAAUGUAUGCUCAAUGCGAAAGCCGAUUUUAGAAACAAGUUAGUUUUUCCAGUCGCUUUCCGUCGAGCUUCGUGCGUAUGGGCUCAAAAGCUGCCAUUAGACGAUAGCGCAGCUUUGGAGAAACUGCGUGAAAAGACAGCGCUGCCACUGCUGAAGAUCCGGCUAUCGGGGAGUGGAGAAGAAUGUUCAUGA